AGCAAAGGGCUUGUUACAAGUGAGAAAUGAUUGGAAACGAAUUCAAAAUUAGAUGAAGUGAAUCAAGCCAAAAUGAGAAAACUCCUUGAGUGAGUCUUGAGCCGCUGAAUAACGUGUAAAUACCAUUAAAUCUCCGAUUCGAUUUCCGAUGAAUUCCGAGGGGCAAAUGUCACCUUGAAGUCAGAAUCGGAAGUGUUAUUCCGAGGAGAAAUCAGCAAUAUAAACAAUUAAAGAGUGAGUAGAGAAUAUAUAGGGUUGCUCUUGGCUCGGGGUUACCAGUGCGCUUUGAACCAGUGGGAAAGGUAGUGAGAUAUUAUUGCCAGUGAUAAGCAAAACCCCAAGAAAAUCGGAACAAGAAGAAAAAUAAAAUGGCCAACUCCCCGUACGCUGUUAAAUCUUCUAGAACGGUGAUUAUUGGAGUAGAUGACAGCUGUUUUUCUGAGUACGCAUUUAAUUUUUAUCUGGAUCAUGUGAGAAAGGAAGGUGAUAACAUUGUAUUGGUUCAUGUCCCAGAAUUCCAUGGGGUGAUCCAGGCACCUGCAGUUUUGACUGACCCAGGAGUUGUUAAUGAGCUGCUGAAAGAGGAGGAAAUUCGAACCAGAGACCUGGUUCACAAGUAUUCGGAAAAGAUGAAGCAAUUUGGUCUUGGCGGGAAAAUGAAGCAGAUGACCGGGAAAGUUGGUGAAUCAAUCAUUGAAGUAUCAAAAACGGAAAAAGCCGACUUAAUCAUUGUGGGGACUAGAGGUAUGAGCAAAGUCCGACGAACCUUUCUGGGAAGUGUCAGCGAUUACUGCGUCCACCAUGCGCAUGUGCCAGUUCUCGUCUGCAGGCACAAAGAGUUCGAUGCUCAACACGACCGCGUGCACCAUCAUCACCACCAUCGGUGACGUCACCACCGAAGUGUCAUUUCAAAUCUACAUGGAACUGUUUCUUCUACAGCGAUACUUUGUUGAAAUAGUCAUUCAUCGUUUCAUGAUAUGAAUAUCAUGAUCAUAAGUUAUUAUAGAUUUUUA